AUGCCAACCAAACGUAAACAAACACGAAACGGCGUAACUACCGCUCCUUCCAGUGAGCCAGGAACCUUUAAAAAGGGAUCAGAAUCCUCUUUAGAUGUUCCGCAAUGGAAACAGAUUAACGCGAAAAACCCAGUGGCUCGUGACAUUUUUGCAAAACUAGAUCUAGAAAAUCUGUUUGAUGGAGGCGGUAGUUCACGAAAUCAUUCCAGUUCAUCCCAAAAACGACCAGACUCCUCUUCUAACCCAAAUCCCCCGAGUUCCCCCUUUGCAUCCGUCUCCUCUGACCCUUCAAGAAGCUAUAAUAUCAAGUCUUUUCCUAAGCAUUCUUUUUCUUCACAAACAAAGCAUUCUCCUAGUUUUUUAGAAAGCUCUCCUCCGACCACAAGCUCCCAACCCCCUAUUGUCUCAGGUUCUACUUCACCUCAUUCUCAGACGUCUUCUUCAUCUGCUAAGCAAGAGGCUUCUCCGCAUUCCUCCCGACAGCGGCAAUCUUCCUUGGUAGGUUCCUCAAAAUCUUCUUCCCCUUCUUCCCUAGCUUCUUCCCCUUCCGUCCAGAAAGGUAACUCUUCUCCCUUAAAGCUUUUUCAAGGUGCCAGCGAUCCUUUUACCCGUGAACAUCUAAAUCAACUUGCACAGGAUGUUAAUUCAAAUUCUUUCGAAGCACCUGCAGAGGAUUCAUUUCCUUUGCCGAGCUCCAGACGAGUUUCCAAACCUGCGCAUACUACCGAGCGAAAAGCCGGGCUUAAUACUAAAGAUUUAUACCAAGAAGUAGAAGAAGUCAUGGCAAAGCUCCGUGGACGGAUACCAGCUACAAGUCGUGAAUCAACUGUUUUUCUGCCUCGUAAAUUAAGCGGUCUUCAAGAGGAAGAGGAACAAAACGAGGCUAGUGAAUUUAGCAAAGAUGAUAGCUCUAACGCUUUCCCUUCUCUUAGUGAUCAGCUGCACUUGCGUGAGUUAGAAAAAAAGCAAAAGCUUUUGGAUUUACACCGAAACCAGCCAGAAAGCAUCUCGAAUUACUCCCCGCCUUCUCUUGUUCAAUCAUCGUCAGGAACAAAAGGUGAAAAGCAAUCUUCCUUUCCUUCUUCUGAUAGCCGCAUGAAAGACUCUCUUAAGUCAAACAACCGAAAAAUACGAAAUGAUAAUCAUACUCAACCAGACUAUAAACCACAUUCAGAAAAUCCAAACAUGGUUGUUAUCACUCCAGCAGACUUACCCGACGGCAUCAACACGACCCAAGGGUCAAUGGAGUAUGAUCGUGUACACAAUCGCUGGCGCCGUCGCGGUCAUGACUCUGAUAUCGCUUUUGAUUUUGGUUCUGAAGAAGAGGAAGAUGAUUUUUCAUCAAAUCUCACUGUUUCAUAUAAGGCUGCUCAAGGUUCUAGUCCUCCUUCAAAUAAGAACCCUAAUGUUCACAAAAAGCAGCCGAACUCUUAUCCUAUGAGGAAAGAGAAUAAUAAAGAUCCUAAAUAUUCAACCUAUUCUCUUCGUGAUGUUUCCAAUACCCCUUCUCACAUCGCUUUUUCCUUCCAGGAUUUUCUACCACAAGAUGAUAGUCAUGAUGAUUUCAAUCAUUUACUUGCCAACAAUUCAUCCAAUAUUCCUGCUGAUGGUCCAACCUCCACCUUUACUUCCCCUGAGAAAACCCAAGAUGAUCAAGCGCUGGAUGAGGAUUACAGCUUUUCAAUCUCAAAGCAAUCUAUCACUCGUUUACUUGAAGAUGUAGAGCCGUAUCGUCCAUUCUGGAAACGGAUAAUUCAACUAGACAUAAGUAGGAGGGGAUUAGAUUCCCUUAUUGGACUUUCUGAGCAAUGCCCUUGUCUCGAAGACCUCAAUAUAGAGGGUAAUGAGUUAUCUUACUUGACUGGAAGUCCUUCUUCGGUGCGAAAUCUAAAUGCUGUCGGCAAUCAUUUAUCUAGUCUUACUACUUUUUCUCACUUGAUAAAUCUUCAAUAUUUGGAUUUAUCAGCUAAUCAGCUAGAAGAUCUGACUGCUCUCUCUCCUUUGAUUCAUUUACGUGAAUUAAACGUGGAUAAUAAUCAAUUAUGGAACAUAGAUGGUAUAUUGCGUUUAGACGGACUUCUCAAAUUGAGCGCACGCGGAAAUCGAUUCAAGCAACUAUCGUUCACAAACUCAAAUUUAAACAGAUUGGAAGAGUUGCUCCUGGGGAAUAAUGCAUUGGAAAACAUUGAAGAAAUCAGCUCUCUUCAAAGUUUAAUGGUGCUACAGCUGGAUAUUAAUCAACUCACAACUUUGCAGGCUAGUCAACCGAUGAUUCAUCUGCGUGUUUUGCGCCUAAACAACAAUGCUAUACAGCAUUUAGAAGUGGAUCAAUUCCCUAAUUUAAGGACAUUGUAUAUGGAUUAUAACUGCUUUACCCGUAUUCCUGAUAUUUAUCGGCUUAAGCGAUUGACUAAUUUCUCUUUUCGAUCCCAAGAAUUCAAAUCUGGUACACACAUGUUGACACCUCCUUUGGACAUAAGGAACCUAUAUUUAUCGAACAAUACUUCUAUAGUACUCCAAACCCAUAAUAUGUUAUUGGGAAUUAAAUAUUUGGAAUUAGCGAAUAUACAGAUAACAGGAUUGCCUCCUGACUUUGCAAAGAGCUUACCGAACCUUCGAGUUUUGGAUCUGUCACACAAUUAUAUAAGUGAAAUUUCUGCUCUGAAAGGGUUUUCUUUAUUACACCGCUUGUACCUUGUCGGUAACAGAAUCGAGAAGAUGAAAAACGUAUGCGAAACUUUGUCUCAUCUGAAAAAGUUAACUCACCUUGACUUACGGAUGAAUCCUUUAACGUUCAACAUUUAUCCUAUGAUUGAUGACCCUGUGUAUGAAUUAUCUGCUGCUUCUAAAUACCAUCAGAGUUUUGACCAAUCGUCUCAAAGAACAUUCAGACAUCCAAAACGAAAAUGGGCUGACAAAGACCAUGCAUUUAUUGAAACCAUGUCAGAGUCGGGAAAAAAUCGUCGGAAAAUGUAUACAGAAGCAGUUACUCUAUCCUGCUCUCGCCUAGAAUGGCUAGAUGGAUUGGAACUUGAACUUAUUGGAAAUGAUAAUUCUAUAUUGCAUUCUGUGCUUCAUGAAAUUUAA